AUGGCCAACACCGCUGUCCUCGAGGAUAUUCGGCAUGUCGCUGAGGCCGAAACUCACGUAGAGAUGCUUCCCGGCACCGAGCUCAUGGCAGAGGUGGCAGGCAUCCACCUUGUGCACGCCCACAACCGACCUAAUGCGACUGUCCUGGUGCCUCAACCUACAGCCAGCCCGCAUGAUCCUUUGAACUGGUCCAAACUCUGGAAAACCAUCGUACUCACGAACCAAGGACUGUUUGUACUCGCGAGUAUCAUCACUACUCUGUCUAUUGCGCCCCUCACGCCUGUUUAUAUGGCGGAAUGGAACAAAUCACUUACACAAGUGAAUUUAUUGACUGGCGUCACUGUCCUAUGUCUCGGAUACGCCAAUUUUGUCAUCAUUCCCUGCUCCGACAUAUUUGGUCGCCGACCGACACUGUUGGUCUGCGCCUUGAUUUCUCUGGCAAGUUGUAUCUGGCAGGCGCUGGCCAAGUCUUACCACUCGUUUCUGGGUGCUCGUGUCCUGGCGGGUCUCGGUCCAGCCGCCAACGAAUCUAUCAUGGCAACAGUGGUUGCCGAUUUGUAUUUCUUACACCAACGAGGACGCUAUGUUGGAGUCUACUUUUGGUGCUACUUUGUCGGCCUGAUGAUUGGACCCAUCAUAUCGGGAAACGUUGCCGCUCAUGUCAGUUGGAGAUGGUUCUUUUGGGCCUGUACGAUCGUGCAGGUGGUGGAGAUUGUGGGAUUGUUACUGUUCAGUCCGGAAACACGACGACUCUUAGAGCAGGAUCCGGUUGCCGCAGCAGGCCUGGUUCAACAACCGUCACUGGUUGAGGGAGGUGACGACAAGGCUCCUGCCGACGAAAUCGUCGAGAAUGAGCAGCGAGAAGUCGAAGUCGAAGUUGUUGAAAAUGCGAAUGCGAAUGCAAUUGUCGACGAACAUCUCGGCCGUGGAAGACCCAGUCGGUCCCAGUUCAAUGUCAUCCAACCCAUUGACCGGCGAGCGACGGCUUUUGCCACCAUUUUACGCCAUGUCCUGACUCCGGUGCAGAUCUUCGCCUAUCCCAUCAUCUUCUGGGCAGCCAUGAGUAUGGGCGCGGCAGCCAAUGCGCUUUUGUGCGUCAACCUCGCCCAGUCGCAGGCCCUGGCGGCGCCGCCGUAUAAUUUCACCCCGGCGAAUGUGGGAUUUGCGAAUUUUGCCCUUGCGGUCGGUGCGAUUGUCGGUUUGGCCACGGCGGGGCCGUUUUCGGAUUGGGUUGCUAUGCGGGCGACGAAAAGAAAUAAAGGGAUACGGGAACCGGAACAGAGGUUGCCUGCUUUGGUUCCGUUUCUUGUUGCUUCGGUGGUGGGCAUGGUGAUUAUCGGCGUGGGCUUCGAUCGACAAUGGCCUUGGGAACCGAUUAUUAUCGUCGGGUUUACGCUGGCGGGUGUGUUGACUGUUAGCAUUCCGACUAUUGCUAUUACUUAUGCGAUCGACUGCUACAAGCCAAUCUCAGGCCAGAUCAUGGUGACAUCGACCGUGGCGAAGAAUACGUUUGGGUUCGGCAUGACUUACUAUAUCAACGACUGGGCGGCCGAAUCGGGAUUCACUGGGCCCUUUAUGUUGCUGAUGGGGAUGACUGUGGGGUUUAGUCUGGUUGGAAUGGUUGUGCUUAUGGUGUAUGGCAAGACGUUUAGGCGGUGGACUAAGGAUGCGAAAGUGCAUAGUUUUGGAUGA